AUGUCUUUGAACCAAACGCAAAUCAAGCAGGAAAUCACCCUCCCACCUGGCCUGAGCAAAACAAAGCAAAGCCAAGAGCCUGUGCCAUACACUGACCCAGUCCCAUGUCCACAGCAGAAAACUGAAGCCCAAGUCCCAACACCUUGCCCAGAACCAGUCCAAACAGAAGAGGUACCAAGCUCAGAGAAAAAAGUGCCAUUGCCAGUACCAGUGGUGGAACCAGGCAAGGGAGAAGAACCAGUGGUGGUAAAACCCAAGUGUCCACCACAGGAGCAGCAGAAGCAGCAGCAAUGCAAGGUGCCACCAACUUUCCCACCUGUGUCACUUCCUGAGCCUGUUCCAUGCUCGGAAGAGAAACCAGCAAGCAAAGAGGUGCCUGUUUCCCACUCUGAACCAACUCAGUGUGUGCUGGAGAAGCAGGAGUGCAAGGAGAUCCCUGUGCCAGUUCUUGUUACAUGCCCUGAACCUGACCCAUACCCUCAGGAGAAGCAGCAGCACAAGGAGAUCCCUGUGGAAAUCCCUGUUCAACACCCCGAACCUGCACCGUGUCCCCAGGACCAGCAGGAGGUCAAGGAGAUCCCUGUGCCCAUUCCAUCCCCUCCAGAGAAGCAGGAACACAAGGAGACCCCUGUGCCAAUCCCUGUCAUAUGCCCUGAACCUACACCAUGUGCCCAAGAAAAACAGCAGCACCAGGACACCCCGGUGCCAAUCCCUGACCCUCAACCUCAGGAGAAGCAGCAGCACAAGGAGAUCCCUAUAGAAAUUCCUUUACAACACCCUGAACCUACCCCACUUCCCCAGGACCACCAGCAGCAGAGCAAGGAGACCCCCGUGCCCACCCCGUACCCUCAAGAGGAACAAGAGCUCAAGGAGGUCCCGGUUCCAACCCCUCCAUCCUACCAGGAGCUGGGGCAGCACUUCCUUCCCGAGAAAUGUCCCCCCCUGGAGCAGCACCAGGUGAAGCAGCCCAACCAGUGGCCCCCCAUGCAGAAGUAA